CUCCCUCAGGCUGACACUACCAUCAGCCACUAUCCUUCGCUUGCCCUGUCCGUUUCAGAGUCACUUCGAGCCUAUUCGCCAUAUCGUUCAGCCAUGCCUUUGCUAUCGGAGAGGUGGAAGUCCCGCCGCGCCCCUCCCGAUCUAUUCAUUCCCUCCAUUUCCGACUUCAACACGCUCCAGAAUGUCAACGGCCACGACCGCCGUACUCUUCAAGUCUCGGCACUUCUAGAGUCAACCAAUGCCAGUGUGCCUAACAGUGGCGUGCAGUUGGUCGACUGGGCAACAGGCGAGCGUACACGCACGGUCUGUCGUGUCCUCAUGCAAGUCACAGCCGACAACGGAGAAGGCGUUAAUUGUAGGACCGUCAUCUGCAAAGUGAUUUACGGCGGCAAGCGACCGCGAGCGGCACUGCAUCAUGAGAAGGAAGUCUACGACGUACUGGAGGAACUUCAAGGGGAUAUUAUACCCCGUUGCUAUGGACUGUUCGAGGGAGAACUAGGCGGCGAGCUAGCUACCUGUUUAGUCCUUGAAGAGUUCGGGGAACCUCUGACUCGUGACAAGUCGGCACACGAGGACGAGACAUUCAGAAUUUAUUUGAUGUCUGCCAUUCUCGAACUACAUAGAAGAGGAAUACAACACAAUGACUUAGUGCCAGGCAACAUUCGCAAGAAGAGCGACGGAAGUGCCGGUAUCAUCGACUUUGAGGCCGCUGUGAUGAUUCACCAUUGCCCGGUGGCUGAUGCGCACGCUGUAGACAGCGCGGCAACAUUCGAAUUCGGCAAGCUGGCACUUAGAGAAGUCGAGCUCCCUUGUAAAGAACUGUGGGAGACCGCAUCUCACAUUGCAGCAAUCUGGAAACCAAGCACAACGGGCUUCGGUUCCCAAUUGAUCAGUGUUCACCAACUGUCGCGCAUAACCAAUCCAAAUGACCGCCAAAUCGCUGAAAUAUGCUACGCGUACGAAGUCGAGGCAUGGGAGCAAAAAGUCGACUUCACUCGACAGGAGUUGUUGAGAAGGUGGGACGCCGCCGGGCUGGAGAGACCACUCAAUGUGUAAAGGGAUUCAUGGUUGUGUGUAAUCCGCAAACCGGGUGCUAUGUGUCACUAUACAUGAUUAGCCCCGGUCUUGCCAGAAUGAACGGGGAUCGGGCACACAUAGGGCAUAAUCACUGCCAGCAUGGGAUUACGAGCU